AAAAGUUUCCCGCGAGAGUUGUUAUUUUUAAAAUAAUGUAAUAAAUUUCAUUAUCAUGUCUACCGCAGAUUUAGAUGAAAAACAACAGGCAGUGACCCGUUGGAUUGUGGAAUAUGCAGUUUUCGUGGUUUGGAAUGAUUUCGUGAAGCAUAAAACAGUUGAUCGGAACAAUAACAGGGACCUUAUACAAUGGAUAGCUGGGCAGAUAAUAACAGGAAAGAGAGAGAUUCAACAGUCAUAUCUGAUGUCCUUGUUGUGUCGACUGAACGAUGGGAGGAAUUACAUGAUAAGGUACAACGAGGAUUCUAUACUAACCGUCCUAGAGGAUGCAGCAGAGGUCUUGCAGAUUCUUAUCAAAGACAUCAAACCUCCUCUGUACAAAGAAGGACAGGACUUUCUAAAGGCCAUGAGGCAGGAGGCUGUUUAUGUUUGCUGUAGAGCUAACAAUUUUGAUGAUGCAAAAGAGGUUUUUAAUCGCCAGUUUUCAUCGAGCGCUGAUAAAGGGGUAGAAGACAAAGAGCACAAUAAACAAGAAAUCCAGAAAAUGUUGAAGACCAAAAAUCCACAACAUCAUUUACUGACAUCACAUGAAUACGACGAUUUUCUGCUGAAAGCCCAGAAUUUCUUGAAGCAUUUUGUUAACACAGGAAAACCGUCUCUUUUGAAGAUGGCAGAGAGUAGACAAGAUCAUACAACUGCUGACCCGAUAUGUAGAGACAAGCGAGUGAAUUUGGGAUCUUUGAUGAAAGUUUGUGAUGAAAUGGGUGUAUCAAAAGAAAGUUCUUGGCCAAACUUCAUGGAACAGAGAGUUCUAAAAGAACACUUACAACAGGUAAAUCAAGAGAAAAAGAAACAGUCAAACACCAACAUCAAUGCUAAUGCAGCAUCAACACCAACAAAAGAAUGCAGUCCAAAAAAGAGGAAACAUGCGGCAGUUGAUGAAUCAAGAAUGGAUACAUCAUUGGCAUCAAGAGUUCAGGAAAAUAGCAAUCUUAAUCCAUAUGUAAUUCUGAAUGCUGAAUUGCCACAACUACAAACCAAACACAAUGAAAAGUCCCCCACUAAAUCCCUUCCUUCCCCAGGAAAGCUCCGUAACCCAUGGUUAGAGGCUGAAGUGAAUGAAUUCUACCAAGCGGUACAGAUCUUCGGCAUUGGAAACUGGAGUCGCAUUAAGAAUGCCAUGAGGACAUACAGAACCAAUGUACAACUGAAGGACAAAUGGAGAACUAUACUCAAGACAGGGGAGAUCAACAGACUGAAAAAGCUCUUUGGAGAUGUUAAAAAAUAAGGAGAAAAAGAUUAUCAAGUAGUAAAUAAAAUUGUCAACCUUAUUGUAAAAACGAACAACAAAUGAAGAGCAGUUCUUAAAUUAUGGGAAGUUAAGACUGAAUAAGCUCUUAAGAAAAGAGAGAGGGGAUAUUUUAAAGACUUUUUAAUGUAUUUUACAAAAUGGUUGUUUAAAAUAAGAUUAAACUUUUAUGAUAGA